UAUUGUGAAACGUGAGUGAACCGGAAGUUGGCAGUUAGCUUGCUGUAGCUAGGUACAGCAGUGUGUGUGUGUGUGUGUGUAUGUGUGUCCAGGUGCUAACAUGUUACCUUUAUCUGUAAAAGACGACGAGUACAAACCCGCUAAGUUGAACCUGCUGGUGAAGCUGUCAGGAUGGUUCAGGUCGAUCCUGGCGGAUAAAACCUCCAGGAACCUGUUCGCCUUCCUCUGCCUCAACCUGUCCUUCGCCUUCGUGGAGCUCUCAUACGGCAUCUGGAGCAACAGUUUAGGUCUGAUCUCAGACUCCUUCCACAUGUUCUUCGACUGCACGGCUCUGCUCGCAGGUCUCGCAGCGUCCGUCAUUUCCAGGUGGAGAUGUAACGACAACUUCUCCUACGGUUAUGUCAGAGCUGAGGUGUUAGCCGGCUUCGUCAACGGACUCUUCCUCAUCUUCACAGCGUUUUUCAUCUUCUCUGAGGGAGUGGAGAGAGCCCUGGAACCUCCAGACGUUCAUCAUGACCGUUUACUUCCUGUGUCCGUCGCCGGUCUCAUGGUGAACCUGGUCGGGAUAUUUGUGUUCCAGCACGGAGGACACGGACACUCUCAUGGAGACGAAGGUCACGGUCACAGUCACUCUCUGUUUAACGGCAGUCUGAAUCACGGACACGGUCACGGAGGAAACAACCACCAGAGCAAAAAUUCCGACUGGCAUGGACAUGAAGGACACGGACAUGAAGGACACGGACAUGAAGGACACGGACAUGAAGGACACGGACAUGAAGGACACGGACAUGGAGGACACAGUCAUGACGGUCACGGACACAGUCAUGAGGAACCACACUGUCACAACGAACUGCAGCACACACUGGGGAGCGGCUCCAGUAAACAGAUCCUGCAGGGCGUUCUGCUGCACAUCAUCGCUGACACUCUGGGCAGCAUUGGUGUGAUCAUCUCUGCUCUGCUGAUGCAGAAAUACAACCUGAUGAUCGCUGAUCCCAUCUGCUCCAUGUUGAUCUCCAUCCUAAUCGGAGUCAGCGUGGUGCCCUUAUUGAAGGACUCCAUUGAGAUCCUGAUGCAGAGAACGCCUCCGUCACUGGACCACGUUCUGCCAGAGUGUUACCAAAGGGUGCAGCAGCUGCAGGGAGUGUACAACCUGCAGGAUCCUCAUUUCUGGACCCUGUGUACUGACGUUUACAUCGGGACAUUAAAGCUGCUGGUUGCCCCCAACGCUGACACCCGCUGGAUCCAGAGCCAGACUCAUCACAUCUUCACACAGGCCGGCGUUCGACAGCUCUACGUUCAGAUUGACGUAGCGGUGAUGUAGAAGCGCCGUCUUUUCUUUGAAACUGGGACCAAUCACAUUCAAUCUGCUGCUGCAGGUGACCCCCCCCCCACACAGAGACCGGGGGUUAGUGGUAAGGGGGGUGGCACUGAGAACUGAUGAACUCUACAAGCCCCUCCCCCACAUUAUUUUACUGUAAUCCCGCCCUCAAGUGCCUUCUAUAUGAAUCAGAGACAAUCUGAGACGCCGCCCCUUCUGAUAUCACUGCUGGGACCACACCGCUGCCAUCUCAUUGGUCUGUGGUGAGUGUGAUGUCACUUGUUUUUAAUGUGCCAAGUCAUGUGACAGUUUCUUCUUUCAACUGUAAUAAUAAAAUGAAUUCACUUUA